AUGGUAAGCUUCCUCUGGGCAGUGGUGGCAGCCUCGGCUUUGGGUGUCGCGUGGGGCAACCCUUUGGCUCGCCGGACCUUGCAGCUACACGAGGCUCGUGCAGCGGCUCCGAGUGGUUAUACGCUCAUUUCUUCUGCAUCCCCGGACACGGUACUCAAUCUUCGGGUCGCACUGGUGCAGAGCAAUAUUGACGGACUGCUCGACACACUCUACGACGUCAGUGAUCCCGAAAGUCCGAACUACGGCGAAUACCUGACUAAAGAAGAGGUCGAAGCCUAUGUCAAGCCGACGCAGGAUAGCGUCGAGGCUGUUUACGCAUGGCUUGGGGACAACAACCUCACGGCAACGCCCGUAUCACCUUCGGGCGACUGGGUCGAGGUCAACAUCCCAGUCAGCAAAGCAAAUGAGCUCCUGGACGCGGACUUCUCUAUCUUCAGACACGAAGCUACAGGCAUGCAGACAAUCCGGGCUUUGCAAUACUCGAUCCCUGUGGACCUGGCCGAGCAUGUGGACCUCAUUCAUCCCAUCAUCAGCUUCCCGGUGCAAAUCGUGAACAACACUGCACCCGCCGUUAUUUGUGGACCUUACACCCAGCCGAAUAUCACAGUAGCAUGCCUCCAGUACCUGUAUGGCAUUCCGACUAUUCCCGCGACGAAUCCCGACAACGGUAUCGUGGUCGCCGGAUAUUUGGAGGAAUAUGCGAAUGCGAACGAUCUGAAGAUAUUCCUGGAACGAUACAGGCCAGAUAUUGACCCGUCGACGACCUUCGCGACAGAGACGAUUGACGGAGGCAGUAACCUGCAGAAUGUUACCGCUGGAUCUGAAGGGAAUCUCGAUAUACAGUAUACCGUCGGCCUUGCCACGGGCGUCCCAGUGACCUACCUCCUGGCCGGAAACGACACACAUGACGGGCUGUCCGGCUUCCUCGACACGGUGAACUAUCUCCUCAAUCAGACAUCGCCACCCCCGGUGAUGACGACGAGCUACUCCUCCAACGAGAAUGUGAUCUCAGAGAAACUGGCAUAUAACCUUUGCAACGCGUAUGCCCAACUCGGCGCGAGGGGUGUCUCAAUCUUAUUCUCUUCCGGCGACGGUGGCGUCUCAGGUACAGGCUACCAAGAUUGCACGACCUUCGUGCCUACGUUCCCCAACACGUGCCCAUACGUGACUUCGGUUGGUGCCACGGGUGCGGACAUCAACUGGGCCGACCAACAAGGCGUGCCCUUCUCGGGCGGCGGCUUCUCCAACUACUUCCCCACGCCGGCCUACCAGUCUUCCGCAGUCUCGGCCUACCUCAAGCAGCUCGGUAGCAAUGACACAGGGCUGUACAACGCGUCCGGUCGCGGCUUCCCGGACAUCAGUGGCUUCGGCGUGCUUUUCGCCACCGUGGUCGAUGGCCACUAUAACCCGGCGACGGGCACGAGUUGCUCGACGCCGAUGUGGGCGAGCGUUAUCGCGCUGCUGAACGACGAGCUGCUCAAUGCAGGCAAGCCCGUGCUGGGCUUCCUGAACCCAUGGUUGUACUCGAAGGCGGCGGGUGCGGUGACGGAUAUUGUGAACGGGAAUAACAAGCAGUGCCUGGAGUCCGACGGCUCCGUGGCCGGCUUCGUGGCGACGACCGGGUGGGACCCUGUCACCGGUCUGGGGACGCCUCUCUACGACACAUUGAGAGCGGCAGCAGGGCUCUGA